CACAAUAACGGCACGGCUUUGUGGCCGGAAGCAACGUUCGGCUUCCAAACACUCCGGGGACGGAACGAUUAUCUGCGCGUGGUGUUCUGUGUGCUCUGCUGCGCGCCGGCUUGCGCUGUGAAAGACGGUUCGCGUUGAGCUGGUUUGGUUGAAGUCGAAGCGACCGUUUCUUGGUAGAGCGCCGACCAUGGCUCCGACUCGCUGGGGCAUUGUGGCCGCCGGCCGCAUUUGCAACGACUUCGCCGACUGCCUUAACAACCUGCCGAGGGAUGAGCACCAGAUUGUGGCUGUCGCUGGAAGAGACGUCGAGAAUGCGAAGAAGUUCGCCGAGCUGCACCGCAUCAACAAAGUAUAUUCGACUUACGAGGAGCUGGCAAGGGACCCAGAUGUGGAGGUGGCGUACGUUGGCUCCCUUCACCCGGACCACUACCCGACUCUGAAGCUACUCCUGGAGAAUGGCAAACACAUUCUCUGCGAGAAACCCCUCACCAUGAACCGUCGGGACACCGAAGACAUCUGCCGAAUAGCCAAGGAGAAGAAGCUCUUCCUUAUGGAGGCCCUGUGGAGCCGCUUCCUGCCUUCGUAUAAGCACAUGGAGGAGCUCCUUAGGAACGGCACUAUAGGAGAAGUGCGCUAUCUGCAUUCCACAUUUGGCUAUCCGAUGGGCAAACUGAGCCGUGUGUUCAUCAAGAAGCUCGGUGGAUCGGUUUUGCUUACGCUGGGAAACUACUGCGCCAACAUCGUCCUCCAGGUUUUCGGUGCUGAGCGACCGGUCAAGAUCAGCGCGUGCGGGGACCUAGCGCCCGAAGGCGUUGACCAGGCCGUGGCUGUGGCAAUGGAAUAUAGUGGAGGCCGGCUUGCGACCUUUGCGUUGUCAGGCAUUGUCAAAUUGCCGGGAACAGCAGAGAUCGUUGGGACAAAAGGCAAGAUCACCCUCCACCCACCAUUUCAUGCGCCAACUUGCGUCGAGUCGCCAGCCGGAAAAGUCGAGUUCCAACUUCCACCAACGUCCGUGCCUCACAACUUUCCCAACACAGCUGGCUUGCGAUACCAAGCCGAAGAAGUGAGGAGAUGUUUGCGUGAAGGCCUUCUCGAAAGCCCUAAGAUGACACACCAGGAUUCAUUGCUGAUCGCGGAAAUGCUGGAUGAAAUCUUGAAGCAAGUCGGCGUAGAGUAUUAAGACAGUGGCAGUAUACACCAAGGAACGUUCCAUUCCAUGAUUAUCUGAUUGACGGCCCACAAUUGUUGAUUGUCCGAAAAUUUUCAAGCGUUCUUAAUGCCUAUUUUUUGGCAUUCUUGCUUUUCGAUAACGUAGGCUUCAAGUCUUCCAUGUCACUUUUGCUUUCGUUAAUGUCUUGCUGUAAACGUUGAUCGCGAUUCACCGUUGACUGUGCUGCUGAGAAGUUUAAAUAUGUUAAACAGACUCAGCAGACCAUUCCAGUCAAUAAUAACACCAGUCGCCAGAUACGCCAUGUCGCCAGAAUGUUGCAAGUUCAUAAGACCAAUAGCUUGAAUCUGUGCUUCAAAAUUAUUAGCAUGAAGUAGCUGAAGCCUACGUAAUAAAAAUGCAUUGAAAAUGCACAAUGUCCUGUUGUGCAGUGUGUAAGUAGCUUUCAAAUUUGGAAUUAAGAAAUGUAGAAUACAACCAGCGACGAAGGUAAUCUUCGGCGGCUUCCAUAAGAUUUGGCCCCGUCCAAAUUUGCACAAGUUCAAAGUAUUUGGCUUUUUGGUUCUAUUGAUUUUGUAAUCUCGUGACAAUUCAUUUCUUGCAUUUUAAUACGUCAUUCUUCGUAGCUGGUCGAAAAUUUUCAAAAUAUUCAGUUAAUUCAUUUUUCAUUUCUGGGCAAUGACUCCAUCUAACGUACGAGCGUGUGACGCAACCGAGCAUAUGAUAUAUAUCUUUAUUUAUGCUACAAUAAGUUAAAACAUUGACAAGUUUAUUUUUUCCUAUGGGGGAUGUUAUCGGUUAAUGAGAGCGUGAUAUUAAAUUUUUUUCACUGCUUUGAAAUGUACAUUUGGACGAUACAAUCUUCUAUUGCUUACGCCGUCAUUUCUAUUGAACUUCGACCCCCGUCGCAUAUUCGGCAACAAACGAUUGCAGCGAUUCUGACGCCAACCGCCGCAGUUACAUUAGUCCAACAACAUAAAACUGCUGACAGCGAUACAAAUUUCUAUGAUAUGCUGAAUAUGCUAAGACUGCUUAGAACAAGAGCUGCCUCCACAAUGCAAAAGAAACUCUUUUGGCAUCUUCCAAUAAAUUGAAGAACUGCGAAAGCGACAGGUAAGAAAGGUAAAUGACAUCGGUGGCAGUCGGCUAUGCCACUUCGCGCGAUGCAUUAAUUACUGUAUAAAUUUUACUAACAGCCCAGAUUUGUUGCGAUUGCCUAAAUCGUCUUGGCAUAUAAAAAUUGUAAACUUUUAACGAUACUAAGUAAUUUUUUAGAUAAAGAUAUUUCAAAAGGUAGAGUAUUAUGGUUAAUCUAGCCCACGUAUAAUGUAU